AUGGCAGCAAAGAUUAGGCAAAAGAAGCUGGAUGCAAUCGCAGCUGCGGCCAUGCCUGUUGGUCAAAAAGUAGUUGCUCAAUUCAAGACAGCAGAAGGAGAAUCCACCGGUCCUCCACUCAAUUUACCCGGAGAUGCCACACCUGAACAACUUGAAUUAUUAUUGAAUCAACUCUUGAAUCAAGGAGAAGAUCCUCUUCCCUACUCAUUCCAUGUCAACGAGGAUGAGAUCAUCAAGGAUCUUUGGACAGAUCGUAAAGACAAAUCAACCGAAGAUACACUCACUAUUGUAUAUCAACCGCAAGCUAUCUUCAGAGUGCGAGCCGUUUCUCGUUGUACAUCUACGCUAUCUGGACACACUGAAGCUAUUUUGUCUUGCUCGUUCAGCCCUGACGGUUCACAAUUAGCCACUGGAUCUGGUGAUUGUACAGUGCGUAUUUGGGAUUUGAAUACAGAAACACCUCGCCACACACUCAAGGGCCAUGCAGGUUGGGUUUUGUCCAUUGCAUGGUCUCCAGAUGGUGCCAUUUUAGCCUCAGGUAGUAUGGAUAACACAGUGCGUUUAUGGGAUCCCAAGACCGGUAAGCAAAUCGGUGAUGGACUCAAGGGACAUCGUAAAUGGAUCACCAGUUUGGCUUGGGAGCCUUAUCAUUUGAACUCAAAAGCCAAUCGCCUGGCCAGUUCUUCCAAAGAUCAUACUGUUCGUGUAUGGGAUACCUCAUUGAGAAGAAUGGCAUUCAACAUUGCUCAACAUACCGCUGCUGUUACAUGUGUCAAGUGGGGCGGUGAAGGUUUGAUUUAUUCAGCUUCUCAAGAUAAAACUAUCAAGGUGUGGAAUUCAUCUGGCAUGCUUGUGAAAACAUUAGAAGGUCAUGGUCAUUGGGUCAAUACACUAGCUCUCAGCACUGAUUUCGUUCUUCGCACUGGUCCUUUUGAUCACACUGGCAAGAGACACAAGACCGAGGAGGAGGCCAAGGCUGCAGCUCUCGCAAGAUACAACACAUUCAAGGGAUCAGGCUCUGAAAGGCUCGUUUCUGGCUCUGAUGAUUUUACCAUGUUCUACUGGGAGCCUGAGAAGAGCAAGAAACCAAUCACUCGUAUGACAGGCCAUCAAAAGCUGGUCAACCAUGUAGCAUUCUCCCCUGAUGGUAGACUAAUUGCAAGUGCAUCAUUCGAUAAUUCUGUCAAACUUUGGGAUGGUACCACUGGCAAAUUUAUUGGCAACUUGAGAGGACAUGUUGGUGCUGUAUAUCAAGUGAGUUGGUCCAGUGAUUCUCGUUUGCUGAUCAGUUCAAGCAAAGACAGUACACUCAAGAUUUGGGACAUCAAAAAGAUGAAGAUCAAGAUGGAUUUACCUGGCCAUUUAGACGAAGUCUUUGCUGUUGAUUGGUCUCCUGGAGGCGAUAAAGUAGCAAGUGGUGGUAAAGAUAAACAGCUCAAGAUUUGGAGACAUUAG